UCUUUCCACCAGGUUCUCCUCACCCCCACUCUGAUGCCCGUCCCGCCCUGCCAUGAGUCUAUGAGCCCACUCCGGAUCAGUGUGGGUGGUCUGCCCGUCCUCGCGUCCAUGACCAAGGGUGCUGACCCUCGCUUCCGACUGCGCUGGAAGGCCAUCGUGCUGUCCUCAGCCUUUGUGGGCUUUGUGCUGCUGCUCUUCUGCCUGCACCGCUCGUCCCCGACACGGCACAGCCCUCCCAACCCUCGCACCUGGCAGCUCGGCCUGCGGGCAGGGGAUCGCUACAAUGACACCUACCCGCUGUCCCCCCCCCAGAAAAACCCCGAGGGCGUGCGCUACCGCAUCGCCGUCAUCGCCGACCUGGACACGGAGUCCCGGGGCCCCCAGGAGCACACCUGGUUCAGUUACAUGAAGAAGGGAUACCUGGUGCUGUCGGACAGUGGGGACAGCGUGACAGUGGAGUGGGACAAGGACGAGAGCAUGCUGCAGUCCCACCUGGCUGAGAAGGGCCGGGGCAUGGAGCUCUCUGAGCUGGUGGUUUUCAAUGGGAAGCUGUACUCCGUGGAUGACCGGACAGGUGUUGUCUACCAGAUCGAGGGCAACAAGGUGGUGCCGUGGGUGAUCCUCCCAGAUGGGGAUGGCACUGUGGAGAAAGGCUUCAAGGCAGAGUGGCUGGCAGUGAAGGAUGAGCACCUGUAUGUGGGGGGAAUGGGCAAGGAGUGGACCACCAAAACAGGGGAGGUGGUGAAUGAGAACCCCCAGUGGGUGAAGAUCAUCGGCUACAAGGGUGAUGUGAUCCAUGAGAACUGGGUGACGAACUACAACGUGCUGAGGGCUGCAGCAGGGAUCCGACCCCCAGGGUACCUGAUCCACGAGUCUGCCUCCUGGAGCGAGACGCUGCAGCGCUGGUCCCCCCCCAGCCACGAGCGCUACAGCGAGAAGGAGGACGAGCGGCGAGGCACCAACCUGCUGCUGAGCUCCACCCAGGACUUCGGGGACGUGACGGUGGGGCACGUGGGCAAGGUGGUCCCCACCCAUGGCUUUUCCUCUUUCCAGUUCAUCCCG